AUGCUCGGGGCUGCAAAGUGCUGCUGCUCCAACUUCUUAAAACAGCUUCAGCACUUCAGCGGCAGCGUGGCUGCGAAACCAUCCCGAGACCCUCUCGAUUCCCAAGGCAGCAGCAGCAGCAGCAGCAACGAUCCUGCUGCCACCAUCUUCUCCCUCCCUCUGUUCAGGCGAAGCCUCACGUUCUUCUUCCCCUUCGCUGGGGUGAGAGGGGCGAUGCUUCGCUUUCCCGUCCGGCCACGUAGAGGGAGGAGGCAGAAUAGGAGGAGCAGGAGAAGAAAGCGGCAGCAGGAUCGCUCCUGCUUCUGCCUUGUGGAAGGAGAGGGUUAUUUGGAGCUACAAGCAGCCGCGCAUUUGCAGCCCCAAACGGCAUCUCGGCAGCAUCCACAACGGCUUAGGGUCUGGCGGGGGGGGGGCUGUUCUGCAGCCUCACAGCUCUUCCCCAUCCCACCCCACCCUCUCCUUACAGCCGGAUCUGCAAAGCUCUCUUUGAAGUCCCGCUUCAGCUCCAGCGAUCUCUUUCACGUAGGGCUGGCGGGGAGGAAUGUCUACACGCGCGCCAGCAGUGGCAAUUGA